ACCUCUCUCCCCCCUACCACGACCCACCCCCUCCCAUCAGGGGCCCGCGUAAAAUCACCCAAGCCGUUCAGCACACCAGGCAGCGCGUGAUGGUCGUCACCACCGGUAAGCAGAGCGCGGCGGACGCGUCCAAGAAGCCGUCCCUCAAGGCAAAGCGAAAGGGCAGCACUGGCGGGCGGAAGAAGCUGACGGAAUUCAACAAGUUCAUGCAGACCGAGGUCGCGCGGCUCAAACAGGAAAAUCCCGACAUGCCGCAUAAGGACAGGUUCAAGCUCGUCAUUGACAACUGGAACAAGCAGAAGGAGAGCAAGUAGGCGGGCCCCGCGCGGCCGUCGCCUCCGCUCCGCGCGCGCCCCUCGCUGCCUGCUCCGCCCCUCCGCGACGUGCUCUCCGUUUCUUUCGUUCUUGCUGGGGUGUUGCCGCGUCGCAGUACUUUAUCCGAGAUCCUGGCCCGCCGCCUCGAGGGCAUCCGGGUCGAAUAGUUCGUAGGUGUGAACCUGCCCCGGGGCGCGGUUGUACGACUAGGUUGUGGUUGUUUGUACUAUAGCUUAUGCCUUCGCCGGUGCGCUAAUUUUGAUGCUCUAUUGCUCCGAGCGAUGCGUGUUCCG